UGUUACGCCCUCGGCCGCAGCAGAUUGCCGCUGUCCUGCAAUACCCUCGCACCCUGGCAGCGCGCCACUGGCACGGCCCGGGGGUUGGAAAUAACUGCGCCGUUCCCAUGGCGACCAGGCAGCGACUCCCGCCCCCGCCCCGCCCGCCGCGCACCGCCGGCCCCUCGCCGCGGCCGCCUCCCCCUCCGCCGGAGCGCUCCGGUAACCCUGGCAACGGCGGCUGCGGCUCUAACUCCGACCGCGGCCAGCCCCGCCCCCCUCCGCCCGCCCGCCCGCCUGCGGCGCUCGGCCAGCCUGGGCCUGCGCUUUGGCUGGGCCGCACCAGGGCCCUCCGCGGGCGCCAGCGCAGGAAACCUCCCCUCCCCCUCAGCCUGGCCAGGAAAGCAAGAGCAGGAGGAAGUCCCACGCAGGGCAGAUCCCUGUGCAGCCUCCUGAACUCCAGGCGCCUUCCGAGCCUCCCUGGGGUCCCCCGCCCUUCCUCCUGGGACGGGAGGGAGAAUUUGGCCCGGGAUCCUCCUGGUCCUGCGUGUCCAGAUGAAAGAGCUACCCAAGGCUGGAACGCAGUGCCAAGGCAAGAAUCGCCCUCAGAAUUUCAGAUCGUCAGCGCAGGACUCCAUCCCCUGACCGUGCACUGGGAGAAGACAUCGCCUUCCUCAAGCCCUCCUCCUACCCAGCUUCUUGGGGCUAAUUCCAGCAGCCUCUGUCUGCCUUUCAAGUGAAAUUCCACCCUUAAGCACCAGCAGGGUCCCAGGAGUAAGAGGAAGACCUUUAUCGAGACUGAAUUCUUGGCUUGGCCAACGUCCCCACUGCUCUUUGUUGUAAGGAGAAAGAAUACAGUCUGUAAAGCUCCCUCCCUUCACACCCCGGGGCCUUUGGAUCUCUUUGCCAGAGAGGAGCUAAGAAAGAAGGAGGUGACUCAGAACUCGCUUCUCAGAACCUGGAGUGGGAACCCAGCUGGGCUGCAGGAAGUGUGGGGUCGGGAGUGAAAGAACCCCCACAUCCAUUCCCCGCUUUUAGCUCCGAGCAGCCUCCUGCCUACUGCUAGUCCCCAUGAGUUCACUUCCUCUGCUUCUGCUGACAUCAGUGCAGAUCUUGUCACAGAAAGGCCUCCACAUAGAUAAGGCUGGGUUCCUGCCAUUACUACCUUCAGAGAUUUGAUCAUUUCGUAGAGUUUCAGCGGAGAGGUUAAAAAAAAUUUCCGGACAUUGAAACAUGUCGGUGAACAACAAUACAAGGCAACCUACAGUAGAUCCCACCUGGGCUUUUUCCUCAUAAAAGAAUCUCAAAAUGGCUCCAAGCCUGCAUUUGGUUCCCAAAACUCAGAUGGUGGAAGGGAAGAAUGGAUUCCCACUGACCUUUCCAUCCUCACUUGGCAUACCCACAUCCACACACAAAAUUUAAAUGUAAUAAAAAAUGUUUAAAUAAAUAAA